AUGGCAAAAUCUAGAUUUGAGUAUGUCAGGCAGUUUGAAGUACAUGAUGUACUGCUUCCGGAUACAUAUAUUGUAGUGAGAGUUGAUGGGAAAAAGUUCCACGAGUUCUCGAAGUACUAUGAAUUUGCCAAGCCAAAUGACGAGAGAGCCCUCAAGCUUAUGAAUGCUAGUGCCAAGAAUGUUUUGAUGCAAUAUAGACAAGAGAUUAUUUGCGCAUAUGGUGAGAGCGAUGAGUAUUCAUUUAUCUUGAGGAAAGAGACAAAGCUCUUUAACAGAAGGAAAGAUAAAAUCAGUACGCUAUUUGUAUCCUUAUUCACUGCCAACUAUGUAUCACUAUGGGAUAAGUUCUUUCCUGAGGUAAAAUUACAUCACAAACAUUUGCCAUAUUUUGAUUCUCGUUGCGUUUGUUAUCCGAAUUUGACUAGUGUGAAAGACUAUCUUUGUUGGAGGUUUGUGGAUACUCAUAUUAAUAAUUUGUACAAUACUGUUUUCUGGUAUCUCAUUAUAAAAUGUGGCUUAACUCCGCAGGAAUCGGAACAGAAGCUUUGUGGAACUUUGUCUAGUGACAAACAGGAGAUUCUCUUUUCGGAAUGUGGUAUUAAUUAUAAUAACGAAUUGGAAAUGUUUAAAAAAGGUUCUUUGAUCAACUCUAAAGGAGAAAUACUGCACAUUGACGUUGUAAAGAAUAUAGAUGAUAUAUUUAAUGGAUUUUAA